UCAGUUACACGAAGAGUUUAAUGUGCAGUUAGUAGGCACAAUACCAAGAGGGUUGCCAAAUCCAACAUUACCACGCCUGGAUCUGGUCCCAUUGGUAGCAGUUGAUUCUAUUGCCAUAGCAAUAGUAACCUAUUCUAUUGUAAUGUCAAUGGGAUUGACAUUUGCCAAGAAACAUGGCUAUGAGGUGCGUGCUAAUCAGGAGCUCAUUGCCAUGGGUGUGGGUAACGUUGUCGGUGGCUGCUUUUCUUGCCUUCCAUUAGCCUGCUCUUUGUCACGUUCAGUUAUACAAGAUCAAACUGGCGGAGUUUCACAAAUAGCAUCGUUGGUAUCUGCCUCUCUAGUAGUCAUCACAUUAAUGUGGAUAGGACCUUUUUUCAGUGCUUUGCCCAGGUGCGUUUUGGCUGGCGUCAUUAUUGUUGCGUUAAAGCCAAUGUUUAUGCAGAUCAAAGAAUUGAAGAAGUUCUCCAAGCAGGGCAAACUCGAAAUGUUUACCUGGAUAUCUACAUUCUUAUGUGUAGUGCUCAUUGACAUAGAUAUUGGUCUGCUAAUUGGCGUUUGCGUAUCUUUACUGGCAUUAUAUAUUAAGGGCCUUAAGCCUUAUUCAUGCCUCCUGGGAUACAUGCCCGAAGCGCCUGGCAUCUAUAUGGACAUGAAUCAACAUCGUAAUGUUAUGCAAGUGCCAGAUACUCGCAUCUUUCGCUAUUGUGGCUCCCUCAACUUUGCUACAAGCCUGUUCUUUCGUCGUGCUCUCUAUGAGUCUUUAGGACUUGAUAAGAGCAACAACAGCAGUAGCCAAACAGACAAGGCAAAGUCAAACUAUGUGCUAGUGGCUCAGAACGGUGCCAACGAAACCAAUGGCCCAAUAGUUGACUAUUCGUUUAAGUUUCUAAUACUGGAUUUUUCAAUGCUGGGGCAUAUCGAUGUUGCCGGAUGCAGCACAUUAAGUGAUAUCAACAAGGAGCUAAAGGCGCGUGGUGCUCGGCUGCUGCUUGCUAGUCCCAUGGACCGCGUGUACGACACGCUAGUACAUAGCAUGGCCCUUCGCGAAGGUCCAUUUGAAAUCUUCCCUACGUUGCAUGACGCCGUAGAGUAUGUGACUGCCUGUCGAAGUUCGUAAAAAUCAAUUAGUUCUUUGCAGCACGGGAAAAUAACCUAACAGUCGUAGCACUAGCUUGCGGCUAUCCACUAAGUUAUUAAGCUUGUUGCUGUCGUUAAGAUUUGGCAACAUUUUCUUAAGGGGUCUGACCUUACUGUCAAUGUUACCUACUAUAUUAAUGCCAGAUACAAAAAUUGUUUGUACUUAAUGCCUUAAAGGUAUGGGCAGAACGUUCAGUAACUUAAAAUAAACACCUCCGAGCAACAGAAACUGUAAUAAAAUGUGUCUUAUGAAAUUUAUACUAAAUAUAUCAUUUUAACUAGAUCCUAAGCUUGUACAAAGCAAUAUGUGAACUAAUAUAAAUAUGAAAUUAUAAUGUUGCAUAAAUUACACUGUGCUAUGCACAACUGACUGAUCUUUUA